AUGGCGCCGCUUUCCUACUCGAAGACGGCCAAGGUGCCGAGAAGACCCUUCGAAGCCGCUCGUCUGGACUCUGAGCUGAAGCUCGUUGGCGAGUAUGGUCUGCGCAACAAGCGUGAGGUCUGGCGUGUCCAGCUCACCCUGUCCAAGAUUCGUCGUGCUGCCCGUCAGCUGCUCACCCUCGACGAGAAGGACCCCAAGCGCCUCUUUGAGGGUAACGCCCUGAUUCGCCGUCUCGUGCGUGUCGGUGUGCUCGACGAGAGCCGCAUGAAGCUCGAUUACGUCCUUGCCCUGAAGGUCGAGGAUUUCCUUGAGCGCCGUCUCCAGACCUGUGUCUACAAGCUCGGCCUUGCCAAGUCUAUUCACCACGCCCGUGUCCUGAUCCGUCAGCGCCACAUCCGCGUCGGCAAGCAGAUCGUCAACGUGCCUUCCUUCAUGGUCCGCCUCGACUCUCAGAAGCACAUCGACUUCGCCCUGACCUCGCCCUUCGGUGGCGGCCGCCCUGGCCGUGUUCGCAGAAAGAAGGCCAAGGCCGCUGAGGGCGGCGAGGGUGGUGAGGAUGAGGAUGAGGAGUAA